AUGGGAAAUUCAAAUGAGUCUCUAGUUUACCUUGAAAAAGCACUCGAUAUCCAACGUCAGUCAUUACCUUCAAAUCAUCCAAAUCUAGCUACCAUGUAUAAUAAUAUCGGUGCUACUCAUUGGAAAGCGUGUCAAUAUGAUAAAGCACUACCUUACUUUAAAGAAGCCCAAAGAAUUGCAAAAAUAGCCCCAUAUGGUAGUAUUCAUACUAAAUUAGAACUUACUAUAAUGAGUAACUAUGCUUCGGGUCUUCGUACCUUAAAUAAAUACGAUGAAGCAUUAGUAUACUACAACAAAGCAUUGUUAAUAGCUCAACGUAUGGAUAAAAAUAAUCCUGUUAUCAUUAGUCUUUAA